UCAGAAAACCGCCUGCCUCUGCCUCCCAAGUGCUGGGAUCAAAGGUGUGCACCACCACUGCCUGGCUACUUGUUACAUUCUUAUUAACACUAAUUUUCUUAGGAUUUUAUAGGUGUACCUAUUAUAUAUUCAUUUUCUCUAUAUUUAGGUAGGUCUGAGCGAUUAUUAUCUUAACAGUUAUUGAAAUGAAUGUCUUUACAACAGUAUGGAACUUUUCAAUGCACUUAAGAAAAACUAAAAUUAUGUGUGUGUGUGUGUGUGUGUGUGUGUGUGUGUGUGUGUGGCACAUAUCUUUACUAUAUAACUUUAUGUAUUUUUAGGCUACAUUGUUUGGAGUUCAUUGAGUUCUUGACCUUUUUGGGUUAAGCAAUCUGAAAGCUGUAAAAUAUAGCACACUUCUUUCUCCUAAAUUGUAUGUAAACAGAUGCUUCAUGAAAACAUCAGGGCACAGAAGUUGUGCCCUGUUCUGAUGUGAGCACUGUGUAUCCAAAAGAUUAUUGUGUGCAUUUGUUCAAAGGCAUGCCAUAAGUAGUAAUAUUGAACUUCUCAAAUAAUUAUUCUACAAUAAAAAUUAAGGAGAAGAUAUUAUAUGUUUGAUCUUUUUUGUGUGUGAAGCCAGUCUGUUAAACUACUGGUUUGACACAAUCCUUUUAAAAAGUAAAAUCAGAAGCAGAAUUAUAAACCAACUUCCUGUAAGUUAGUUGAAGGCUCUUGAAGGUGUCAACUUUCUCCUUCCUUCCUUUACCACGUGGGUGGAAGUCUAAGCAUGAUGAACAGAUGAACAGACUGUAUGUUCUUGGGAUCUCUCUGUUUCAUCUGCCUUUCAGAAGAGGAAAUUCCUUCUGACAUUAGGCUCUUUUGUUUGAUACUGAUGAUUGGCUAAUCUCAGGUUUUUACUUUAUAAUACUUGAUAGUGAUGGGAAGUUUUUUUGAUCAUUAAAAUUAAUUUUUGGUGUUUAAUUUCACGUUUGUUGCCUAAUGUAGCCUUCAGUUAUUAUUACCUUAGUUUUUAUAUUAGGAAAGUUUUAUUUGUAUGAAGUAUAUAUCGUUUUGAGCAUGAAUACCCCAGAGCAGUAUCACACAUGUCUGAAUAAUAAUUGUGUGCUUGUCACGUUCAGCAAGCCUAGUGAAGCUGUCAUGUAAUUUAUAAGUAGACUUAUAUUGUUCUGACUCUGAAACGCCAUCAAACAUUUUUGACAGAAAAAAAGAGCCAUUUAAAAUCUUCUUUAUAACACUAAUAUUUAUUUUAAAAUAUUUUCAAGCUAUUUUUCUCUCUUAGAGAAAGACAAUAGCAUCAUGGUCCUAGAUAGCUUUCAUACAAUUACACAAAAUUCUCUAGAAAUUUUAAGGCAUAUGUCCACAAAACAAAAAUCCAAAAUCAAAAACAAAAUUAAAAACAUAUGGCCAAAAAUCCAGAUAUUAGAAAUUAAAAUGUCAAAUAGUCUUUAAUGUAUGGCUAAUAUGUUAAAAUAAGAAAGUGUAUAAAUAGAUAAAAGGAAAUUUUACCAUCAAAUUGAAAUCUCAAACUGUAGAUUCUGCAGCUGGGAAAACGACAUAGAGUUAAGUUGUUUAAUGCAAUAGCUAUAAAACUUCAGGAAAAGUGGAUGCAAAAUGACUCCAGAUGAACUAUCCAAAUAGAAAUAGAAAGAAAAUAUGAUUAGAAUAUAGAAAAGAACAUUGAUAAUAUUUGGGAUAUAAUGAAGUCUUCUAACUGUAACCCCACAACUCUAAUCCUAGAAGGGACAAGAGAAUAUAAAAAAAAAGGACAAUGAGCAACAAAUACUAAACUGGUAAAAAUUUCUACAUGAUUUGAGAAGCUUAGUGAAACAGUCAGAAUAAACAAAGGAUAAAGCAAGCAGGUCUGUCACAGGAAAGUUGUUAGAUACCAAGUCAAACAGGAAAAUAAUCUUAAAGCAACCACAUGAAUAUGACAAAAUUGAUUUAAAAGUGAUUCUACAAAAUAGACAGCUGUCUUUAAACACUGAAACUAAAGACAAUGUCUUCAAAGUCUUGUCAGUUAUUUUAAAAGUAGAAUUACAUUACCAGUGCAUACACCCUUCAAGAAUGUUUUCCAACAGAGCAUUAAGUAAUUUUAAUCAGCACCAAAAGAAAUGAGUUUUGUGUAAUUCAUUAGGUAGAAAAGUAACCUGAUGUGUGGCAGUCACAGAGUCACCUUAUAGGCCAGUGGAAAGCAUGGGUGUUGCACAGAUUCGCCUUGGGCAGGUGCAGAGUCAACACCUGUACAUGCUGCUGAAGUCAUCAGACAUUCUUCCUGUCAAACAAGGAACAGGCUACAUGGACACAUUUCUUGUCAGGGGUCUUCAUCAGAGUAAAAUGACAGGGGAUUCAACCCUCAAACAGAGUCAAGCACUUCUUCAGAGGCUAAAGAGACAUGUUUUGUAGGAAGGAUGGCUCCUGGUUCCUUAGAUGUAAACCAUUCUGUGUCUCUUUUUAUAUCUAUCCUGAAACUGAACACUACCGUGACUCGUCCUGUUUGUAGGGUCAAUAUUCCUGAGAGUCUCUUCAUUAUGUGUCUAGAAAAGAAGCCCUAGUUCUGCUCACAAUAGGAAGCUGCUGCACCAAACUGUAUAAAACUCAUUUUCUGGCUGAUUUAAAGAAAGCGCUAAAUGGGUAAGAAUUAUCUAUUCAAGAAAACAAACGGCAGCUAGUUCAAAGGCACCAAGAACCUGCACACAUGUGCCACGCCCAAUGCGAUGCUUUGCACCUCAAAUCAGAUGCUGAAAUAGUGCAACAAACUAAAAACAUGGAGAAGACCGAAAGGUGCCUCAAAGUAAGGAGACACAAUGCAAGUACUGUGGCUUUUACAAAGGAACAGACUGAAAAGCAAAUAGGUAAAAUUCACAAAAGGGGAUCUGAAUGAAUUUCAGUUUCUUGUGGAUCUGGCCAAAACUGACACAAGAAAACUGGAAGAACAUCAAAAGCCAACAUAAUGAGACAGAGGAACCCACAGAGACACUGACUGUAUGUGUAUCAGAACACAGAGAACAAGAAGAUGGGAACAUGGACUACCAGAUGUGAUCUUGAUAACAAGGCACUUUAUUCAAUCAAAGCUUGACUCCCAUCUCCCCAUGCAGCCAAGAGCUCUAGAGAUCAAUGGUCAUCCUAGUUGUACUGAUAUUCUUCUCUCAGCAAUCUGAUUCAUGAAUAGUUCCAGCUCUAGCAUCAUAAGAGAUCUUCUGGUUGGAUGUGUGAUACAUGUCUUUACCCCCUGUACUUAGCAUCAAAGAUGGGCAGAUUAUUAUUAUUAUUAUUAUUAUUAUUAUUAUUAUUAUUAUUAUUAUUUGAGUUUGAGGCCAGCCUGGUCUACAUAGUGAGUUCCAGGACAUCUACAGCUAUAGAAAAAAAUCCUGUCUCAAACAAACAAAAACAAACAAAUCUUUUGAAAGAAAUAUAAACCUGAGACUUAUCUCACCAAAAUAAUCAAGACAGAAAACAAGCCCAGGACAGUUCAUUAGCUAUGCUCAGUGCACAUAUUACAGACCAAGAACUCUUAAUAUCUCAGAAUGUUUUAAAGUCCUUUCUCAUUUCCACUGAGGAACCAACUUCGAAGAAACAACUCCUUUUCAUCCUCUUUCCUGUAACAAGCAGACGAGAACAUCUAUGCUUUUGUUGUAAAUCACAUAACAUUUUGUGCAAUUCACAUUUUAUUAUAAGUGGCUUAGACCAUCAGCAUUGACCUGUUACUAAUGGUUGUUGAUGAAGAUGAAUAAAUUUGUCAGUUAGACCCACACAUGUUACAGAGUAAAUUUAUACUUUAAAGUAACAAAAAUAGUUUUGUUAUUUUUUCAAAAGUCAGAAGAAUUAAUAGACCAAUUUAAGGUAACAGUCACAAUAACUUUGAAACGUUUGUAUGUUCUUUUUAAGUGGAACGCCCAAAUAGGCUGUUUUAGUAUUUUUUUCAGGCAGGUCUCUAAACUUUGAAUACCUGCUGUUAAAACAAACUAAAAAGUGAAAUACAUGGAUUUUAACAAGGGAGCAAAAAAGAAACACAAUGGAAAAGAGUAUAUGCAAUAGUGAAUAAGGACGCUUGGUGGCGCUGCAGGCUAAGCGUAUGAAUAAUGGGCUCUGCAGAUGCCCUGGAAGCCAUUACUGAGAAUCAGAACUUACAUCACUCCCUAAAAGAAGGUAGUGUUCACUUUGGAUCUAAGGAAGCGAUCUCCAGAGAAGGCAGAGCUCUAACAGGAAGCCAGAGAGUAAAAUUUAGUUCUGCUAUUUCAUUAUAACACUUGUGUGGAUUCUAACACUUUAAAGACACUGCAGAGAUCUGGAUCCAGUGUGAACAAUGGAGACAGCACUAGCAAAAACGUCACAGCCAAGGCAAGUUGUUUUUCUUACUAUGCUGUUGUUUUUGUGGGUGUCUGGUUCCGAGGCAAUUAAAUAUUCCAUGCCAGAAGAAACAGAGAGUGGCUACUUGGUGGCAAACCUAGCAAAAGAUCUGGGGGUCAGGGUUGGGGAACUGGCAGCUAGAGGGGCACAAAUCCAUCACAGAGGAAACAAAGACCUCUUACAGCUGGAUGUAGAGACAGGAAACCUGUUCUUGAAGGAAAAAUUAGACCGUGAGGUGUUGUGCGGGGCGGCAGAACCCUGUGUGCUGUACUUCCAGAUCAUACUGAAAAACCCUGUGCAGUUCUUUCAAACUGAACUGCAGCUCACAGAUAUAAAUGACCACUCUCCAGAGUUCCUUGACACGGAAAUGCUCCUAACAAUCCCCGAGAGCGCCCAGCCAGGGGCCAUGUUUCCUCUGAAGGCAGCGCAGGACUCUGACAUAGGGAGCAACGCUGUUCAGAACUACACAGUCAGUCCCAACCUCCAUUUCCAUGUCGUUACUCACAGUCGCUCAGAUGGCAGGAAAUACCCAGAGCUGGUGCUGGACAGAGCCCUGGACAGGGAGGAGCAGCCUGAGCUCACUUUAAUCCUCACUGCUCUGGAUGGGGGUACUCCACGCAGGUCUGGGAUGACAAUGGUUCAUAUUGAAAUCGUGGACAUCAACGAUAAUGCUCCCCAGUUUGUUCAAUCUCUCUAUGAGGUGCAGGUUCCAGAGAAUAUCCCCCUUGAUGCCUUACUUGUCACAGUCUUUGCCAGGGAUUUAGAUGCUGGAAUAUAUGGAAAUAUAGCCUACUCUGUGUUUCAAGGUGAUGGAGACUCUCAACCAUUUGUAAUAGACGAAAUCACAGGAGAAAUCCGUCUAAGCAAAAAGUUGGAUUUUGAGGUAACUCCAUUCUAUACUAUGGAAAUCGCAGCCACGGAUGGAGGGGGCCUUUCAGGAAAAUGUACUGUGGCUGUGCAGGUGUUGGAUGUGAAUGAUCAUGCCCCAGAGCUGACCAUCUCCACGCUCUCAAGCCCUAUCCCCGAAAACUCCCCGGAGUCUGUAGUUGCUGUUUUUGGUGUUUUUGACCCGGAUUCUGGGGACAAUGGAAGGAUGGUGUGCUCUAUUCAGAACGAACUUCCAUUUCUUUUAAAGUCCACAUUUGAGAAUUAUUAUACUUUAGCAACAGAGAGGCCACUGGACAGAGAGAGCAAAGCUGAAUACAACAUAACCAUCACUGUCUCCGACAUGGGCACACCCAGGCUCACAACCCAGCACACUAUAACAGUGCAGGUGUCUGACAUCAACGACAACGCCCCCGUCUUCACCCAAACCUCCUACACCCUGUUUGUCCGCGAGAACAACAGCCCAGGCCUGCACAUAGGCACCAUCAGUGCCACAGACUCAGACUCAGGCUCCAAUGCCCACAUCACCUACUCGCUGCUGCCGCCCCAGGACCCUCGACUGGCCCUCGCUUCGCUCAUCUCCAUCAAUGCAGACAACGGGCAGCUGUUCGCACUCAGGGCUCUGGACUAUGAAACCCUGCAGGCCUUCGAGUUCCACGUGGGCGUCACAGACGGAGGCUCACCUGCUCUCAGCAGCCAGGCUCUGGUGCACUUGGUGGUGCUGGACGACAAUGACAAUGCGCCCUUCGUGCUCUACCCGAUGCAGAACGCCUCUGCACCCUGCACAGAGCUGCUACCUAGGGCUGCGGAGCCUGGCUACCUGGUCACCAAGGUGGUGGCAGUGGACUCUGACUCUGGCCAGAACGCCUGGCUGUCAUUCCAGUUGCUCAAGGCCACGGAGCCAGGGCUGUUCAGCGUGUGGGCGCACAAUGGCGAGGUGCGCACCACCAGGCUGCUGAGCGAGCGCGAUGUGCCCAAGCACAGGCUGCUGCUGCUGGUCAAGGACAAUGGUGAUCCUCCGCGCUCUGCCAGUGUUACACUACAGGUGCUGCUGGUGGAUGGCUUCUCUCAGCCCUACCUACCUCUUCCCGAGGUGGCGCUGGAUCCUACACGCGACGAAGAUAAUCUCACGCUGUAUCUUGUCAUCGCCUUGGCAUCUGUGUCUUCGCUCUUCCUCCUGUCUGUGCUGCUGUUUGUGGGGGUGAGGCUGUGCAGGAGGGCCAGGGCGGCCUCUCUGGGAGGCUGCUCUGUGCCUGAGGGACACUUUCCUGGUCACCUGGUGGACGUCAGCGGUAUGGGGACCCUGUCCCAGAGCUACCAAUAUGAGGUUCUCAUGGUGCCUACUCGGUACUCUGUCUUGGAGGAAUCAGAAAGUGGCUCCUUUGUAGCCCACCUGGCCAAGGAUCUGGGCCUGGGAUCUGGGGAGCUGGCUGCCAGGUCUGCAUGGGUGGUGUCUGACUAUGACAGACAGCAGUUGAUGCUGGAUCCUGAGACUGGAGAUUUGCUUCUGAGGGAGAGACUAGACAGGGAAGAACUGUGUGGCUCUGUGGAUCCCUGUGUGCUGCCUUUCCAGGUGUUCCUAGAAAGACCAGUGCAGUUUUUUCAAGGAGAAUUAUUGGUCCAGGACAUAAAUGACAACUCACCAGAAUUCCCAGAUAAAGAAUUGCUCUUGAAAAUACCGGAAAACAGCCAGCCUGGUACUCUGUUACCACUGAAUUUAGCCCAGGAUUUGGAUGUGGGCAGCAAUGGGCUUCAACAAUACACAAUCAGCCCCAACUCUUAUUUUCAUGUCCUCACUCAAAAUUAUAGCGAGGGCAAGAAAUACCCAGAGUUGGUGCAGGACAGAGCCCUGGACAGAGAGGAGCAGGCAGAGCUGAGCCUUACCCUCACUGCUCUGGAUGGUGGGUCUCCACAGAGGUCAGGAACAGCCCUGGUUCGCAUCCUGAUCAUGGACAUCAAUGACAAUGCUCCUGAGUUUGUGAACAGCCCCUAUGAGGUGCAGAUCCUAGAGAGCAGUCCCCCGGACUCCCCAAUCCUGACUGUCUUAGCACGGGAUGCAGAUGCUGGCAACUUUGGGAGAGUUUCCUAUGGCUUGCUCCAAGCAUCAGAUGAAAUCCAGAAAACUUUCUCAAUAAACGAAGUCACAGGAGAAAUACGACUGAAAAAGGAAUUGGAUUUUGAAAAAAUCAAAUCUUAUCGUGUAGAAAUUGAGGCCACAGAUGGAGGAGGGCUUUCUGGGAAGGGCGCCGUGGUGAUAGAGGUAGUGGAUGUGAACGACAAUGCCCCAGAGCUGACCAUAUCUUCACUGACCAGCUCAGUCCCAGAAAAUGCUCCAGAAACUGUGGUUGCUAUCAUCCUAGUACGAGAUAGAGAUUCUGGAGAGAAUGGAAAAAUGAUUUGUUGUAUUUCAGAUCACGUGCCAUUCAUUUUAAAAUCCUCUUACAAGAACUUUUACACUCUGGUGACAGAGAGCCCUCUGGACAGAGAGAGCAGAGCUGAGUACAACAUCACCAUCACUGUCUCCGACCUGGGCACACCCAGGCUCACAACCCAGCACACCAUAACAGUGCAGGUGUCUGACAUCAAUGACAACGCCCCCGCCUUCACCCAGCUCUCUUAUACCAUGUUUGUCCGCGAGAACAACAGUCCCGCCCUGCACAUUGGCACCAUCAGUGCCACAGACUCAGACUCAGGCUCCAAUGCUCACAUCACCUACUCGCUGCUGCCGCCCCAGGACCCGCAACUGGCCCUCGCCUCGCUGGUCUCUAUCAACGCUGACAACGGGCAGCUGUUCGCGCUCAGGGCGCUGGACUAUGAGGCCCUGCAGGGCUUCGAGUUUCACGUGGGCGCCAAAGACGGAGGCUCUCCUGCGCUCAGCAGCCAGGCUCUGGUACGCUUGGUGGUGCUGGACGACAAUGACAAUUCGCCCUUCGUGCUCUACCCGCUGCAGAACACCUCAGCACCCUGCACCGAACUACUGCCCAGAGCGGCAGAGCCCGGAUACCUGGUCACCAAGGUGGUGGCUGUGGAUCGCGACUCUGGCCAGAAUGCCUGGCUGUCCUUCCAGCUGCUCAAGGCCACGGAGCCAGGGCUGUUCAGCGUGUGGGCUCACAAUGGCGAGGUGCGCACCACCAGGCUGCUGAGCGAGCGAGAUGCGCUCAAGCACAAGCUGCUGCUGGUGGUCAAGGACAAUGGUGAGCCUCCACGCUCUGCCAGCAUCACACUGCAUGUGGUGCUCGUGGAUGGCUUCUCCCAGCCCUAUCUGCCACUGCCUGAGGUGGCUCACGACCCUGCGCAGGAUGAUGGCGACUUGCUCACACUGUACCUGGUCAUUGCCUUGGCCUCUGUGUCUUCUCUCUUUUUGUUGUCUGUUCUGCUGUUCGUGGGGGUGAGACUAUGUAGGAGGGUGAAGGCAACCUCUCUGGGUAGCUGCUCUGUGCCUGAGAGUCACUUUCCUGGUCACCUAGUGGGUGUUAGCGAAACUGGAACUGGCACUCUGUCCCAGAGCUACCAGUAUGAGGUGUGUCUAACAGGAGACUCUGGGAUUGGUGAGUUCCAAUUCCUCAAACCCAUGGUCCCCAACCUAAUGGUUCAGGACCCUGAGAGAGAAGUCAAGGAAAGUCCGCACUGCAGGGAUAGCUUUGUAUUUAGCUAAGUAUGUAUUUCCCCAAGUGAUGUACAAAUGUUUUCUUUUAAGAAAUGAUCUGGCCGGGCGGUGGUGGUGCACACUUUUAAUCCCAGUACUUGGGAGGCAGGGGCAGGCAGUCAGGGCUACACAGAGAAACCCUGUCUCGAAAAACCAAA